CAAAAUCCGUCCUUUUCCCUGGUCUUGAGAAUCGCAAUGGGGCAAUGAGUUUCAAAACACGGGCUGAAUAAGCGAUGUGAGCCUAACGAAAGGUUCUGCGCAUUGAGGCAGUCAGCCUGCUCCAUUUCUCCCUUCGACUGUCGUGAGACUUGCUGCCUGGGAUUGCGCCCCUUGACGAACGAGUUUCUAAAUACCUACAUCUUACAUUGUCUAUCAUGACGAGCGACAUUGAAGGUUACGCCAUUCGGCGUAACAGCUCCUGUCUCAGCGACGAAGUGGGUUGCGGCAAGACUUGGGAUAACUGGCACGCCUGCUGCCCCCACGGGUCUUACUGUCCCGGCUCGAGGUAUUCGGUCGCAAACAACGUCUGUUGCCCGAGUUGGACCGACUGUACGGCCGACAUUGAUCCCCCGGCAUGUGCAAACAGCACGUGGAAUAUGUAUAACUACACUGGAUAUUUCUGCUGUUCGAGUGAUCAAAGCGGCUUUAUGCUGAAGGGAACUGAUUGGGUGGGCUGUUUGGACCCUGACUCGCCGGGAAAUGCCAGUUACAGCGCACUCAAAUUGAUAAGUUACGGUAGAGUUUCAUUCAACCGUGGAUUGACGAACAGUGCUGACGUUUGCUUAUGCUAGCUACCUCGACUGCGAGUACAACAUCGACACCGACGGCGACAUCUACCUCAAACUCUACAGCAACUACAACCUCGGCUACCUCGGCUACCUCGGCUCCAACUUCAGACAGUUCAUCACAUACCAACACUGGCGCUAUAGCAGGUGGUGUCGUGGGUGGUGUUGUUGGGGUAGCUGUCAUUGCCGGGAUUCUCUUCUUUUUCAUGAGACGUUCAAGGAAACCAGAGCCGCAGCCACAGCAGCAGGGUCUUGUUCAACAAUACUCGCAGUAUAGCUAUGGUGCAGAACCAUUAUCAACUCCGAGCGAGCUAGAUGGUCACCCGGUACCAGCAGA